UUUUAUUUUUAAAUUAUUUUUAAAUACUCGGGGCUGGCUAGCUUGCCAGCGAACUCUUGAGCGAAAUGGACCCAGCGAGCCGAUAUCAAGUGUUGCACAACGAGGAAGACUCCUCUGCCGGCGAGCAGCAGCCGUGCACCUCUGCCUCAGUACAAGCCAGUGCACCCGGGCAGGAGCAGAAUCAAACUGAGUCCAGCUUGGCAGCCCCAGCUCUGUCAGCGUCGGCAGCAGAGGCGCCCCCUCCUCCUUACGCCUCCAUAGACCUGGGUGCAGCCGCUGCCUCGCCUGAAGCUGGUUUCCAGGGUGACUUCCCGGUGCCGCCACCCUACAGCGUCGCCACCUCACUACCCACGUACGAUGAAGCUGAGAAGGCCAAAGCAGCUGCCAUGGCAGCCUCCGCAGUGGAGGUGCUGCCCCGAGAUGACGACUUCUCACCCAGAGAUGAUUUCAGUGACGCCGAUCAGCUCCGAGUCGGGAACGAUGGGAUCUUCAUGUUGGCCUUCUUCAUGGCCUUCCUUUUCAACUGGAUCGGGUUCUGUCUGUCGUUCUGUCUGACCAACACCAUCGCAGGACGUUACGGAGCCAUUUGUGGCUUCGGGCUGUCCCUCAUUAAAUGGAUUCUCAUAGUCAGAUUCUCAGACUACUUCACUGGUUACUUCAACGGACAGUACUGGCUCUGGUGGAUCUUCCUGCUGCUUGGCCUCCUGCUGUUCUUCAGAGGGUUCGUGAACUACCUGAAAGUCCGCAACAUGUCUGAGAACAUGGCCACAUCUCACAGAACGCGCCUCUUCUUCCUCUACUAACGGUUUCCUUCCUAAAGCUGAGUUCUUUCCCUCGCCCUCGUAUGAUCUGACUGAGGAGCCCGAACAGUGAAGAGAGGCAACAGGGAAGGAGACGAGCGAGGAAAGAAGCAGGGAGGAAGUGUUACCGUGUCAUUAAAACCAUAACUCGACUCUCCUCUGAAGAGUUUACUUCUCAACUGGGCUGACGAGUCCCUGGAACCUUUUUUUUUUUAAAUCUCAUUGUUCUGUUUUGUCCUCAUCCAGUUUGUGUGUCGUGUCUGCCAGAAGCAGAAGUGCCAUCCAGGUAAAUGAAGCUACUCAAGAAAGCACUAUAAGGAUAYGGAUUAAAAAAGCUGAUUUAGCUUAGCUGAAGACAUUGCUCGCCCAGUGUUAGAAAGGCAGCUGUGUUCUCAGUUUAAACCUCCAAGUAACAAAAUCUAAAAUGUUCAGAGACUCAUUCGGUUUCAAGUUUUGUCUUAAAAACCCCGGACACUCCGGUUGUUUUUAAACCAAACAGCCCAGCUCCUGUCCUGUAAUGUGACUUUAUCACAAUACCUAGAGUGGUUUCUUCCAGGUCUGCACUGGAAAACACAGGAGGGUUAGUGGAAAAGAACAAAAGGUUGUUUCUGUAACUGCGGGAAUUAAUGUAAAUUAGUGCAAAAUGAUUGAAUGCAGGAAAACUGGUGCAAAUAAAAUACAAAAUGUAGUUUAAAGAAAAUGUCAGAUUUGACAUUAAAUUACCCCUUAAAAAGAAACAAACCAGACACAGACGUAAGUAUUCAGUUUAAAACAGUUUUCUCUUUGCAAAGAGUGAGAAGUUUCUGAGGACGCUAAAAGACAGGUCUCAGCAGAAAGUUCUGACCUUGGCCGGGGAAAGUUGUACAAUUUAUUACAAACACAGCACAGAGAGAGACAUGUUGACCAAUCACAGGGUUACUUCUUAUCAGUUAGUGCAGCUCAAAGCUGCACAGAUGAAAAUUAUGGCAGCAAGAAAGACAUAUUUCAUACAAUUGAUUAAUGCAAUAGGAUCAAAUAUAAAAAAAUGAUAAAGUUUAAAAAUAUGUAUAAAAAAUUAUGAUUUAAUUCUUCUAAAAUGGAGCAACAAAUCUGGCUCAGCUGGUAUAGCCCGUCUCAGUCCGCCACAUUAAAGGACUCCUGAAUCAGUUACUGACCAUGUAAACUGUUCAGUUUCAGGUUGAAAGCAAAAGUCCAAAUCUUAAAUGCCACUGGUUCCAGUUUUUAUUCAUGCCCCAGAAUUAAUUUAUUCCUUGUCACAUUUUUGAACCUUUAAAACCUGAAGCUUAAAGCAACAUCAGGUGUYAAAGGUUCAGAAUCCAGACAAGCCACCAACCCCAGCAGUUUAAAAGGAUUUUUAAAAUCAGUGUUCUGAGCCCGGCCCAGACGUGGGCRCCUUCAGCUCCGGUGCUUUGGAUAAAGAAGUGUUGCAGACUUGUUGUUUUUUAUUCAGUUUAGUUUAAAUUUAAAUGCUCCUCGGAGUGAAAGUCUUAUGCAAUCUGCUUAGUUGUAACGACUUGUUGAUAUAGUUUAGUUCACUCAUCGCAGAACGGGAUCCGGUUUUGGUUUUGUCGAGUUAAAGAGAACAAACGAACCGCGAGCAGCAGAAAAACGACUUGGCUUGUUAAACUAGAAACUGGAGGAAAAAAUGAACGUGAAGUGAAGAGGUGACUUGUUCUCUCUGGGGUUCAGGGUUAAAUAUUUAUCUCUCAAAGUGAGCAACCUUCUGGUUUCUGUGAUUUAUUAUUUUUAAAAGAAGAACGACAUUGUCGGUGUAAAAACGAUGAUCUGGAUUGAUGUGGAUUCUCGCGUGACGUGAYGGCGAUGAAGUCUGAGAAAAUGUCCAAUGAGAACAGAGCUGAGCGUGUUUCGUUAGACAGGUUUUGUUUUGUUGUUAAAUGACAUGUAAAUACAAGCUUAUGCCAAUUUUUAAUAUUUGCACUUUGAAGUUGUGUACAGUAAGACUUGUGAAUCUUAAACUUGAUGGGGCAAGGUUAGAAGAAUGAAGCCAUUCAAGUUUUUUAUUUUAAACUGGAAUUCUUAAUGAUCCCAAAUGGAUAAUCUUGCCUUUUGCACAUUUGUUUUAUCGCUUUUUAACCUAAACUGUGAGCACUCGAGUGUUUGCCAAACCUUUUUUUUUUUUGGUUUGUUUGUUUGUUUGACCGGUUGUUUCUCACUAAAAGCCUCCCUUCAGCAAUAUCAAAACUUUUCAGACAAACCUGUUGCAUGUUUUUAUUUCCCCUCCUCAGUAAACUGGUCAAUCUGUCAAAUUAAUCUGCAAAUACAAUUUUGUCUUUGUAAAUAAUGAUGAUAAUUAAAUUAUAAUUAAAAAAAGGUUAAUGCUCAUUUGAUGAAACUGGUAUGCCUUCAUUGUAACUGGAAUUAAAAUGAUGGAUCUUUGCAGAAAAAAAAUUGCCAAUAAAGUUCAAAAGUCUGUUACUGAUA